UUGUAACCUCAUUCUUCACUCAGCCGUCACAGUCACUGUGUACAGAAACAUGGCCUCUACAGGGAGAAUGGAAAUACUCCCUUUCUUGCUGUUUGUUCUCUUCAAGUCAGGUACAAGUUCAACACCAAUGGUUAACAUCAUAAUAGGAGUGGGCCACAAGGUCAGUCUACCGUGUAAUCUGAGUUCAGAGCAUGCCAACGUUGUCCAGAUGCAAUGGCAUCGAGAGGUGGAGGGGCAUCAGCAGGGGAGGCCCAUUGUGGUCUACAAUGUAAGGUUUCAGAAGGCAGAAUAUUCUGGCACCAAGGCAAGACUAGGAAUCAUGCAAAAUCCCUCUGAUCAGUUGAAGAGAUUUUAUUUGGACCUGGAGGAUCUAGAGCCAAAGGACAGCGGUGUUUAUGUUUGUAGCAUCAACACUUUCCCAUCUGGAACCAUCACACAAUUUGUGAAUUUGCAAGUGGAAGCUGAGGAAGACAAAGAUAGACCUGUCACUGAACUGAUCACCACAGAGGUCCCUGUGACUACGUCAAGUAGCUCAACAACAGCUAUCAAGGUGAUCUUCUCAACUGCACUGACCACUGGAGGAACCACUGCCCGUUCAGAUUCUUCCACUAGCGAAAAUGAGCCCGACGCUAGUUCUGUAUCUAUCUCAUCCACCACCAGCAACACAAGGGAGCCUCAAACUAGCACAAAGGCUCCACUAUCAUAUGACAGUAAUACCACAGUCACCGUGGCAUGGACAGAGUAUGAGCAAAAUACAACGUACGACAGACAGAAUGUCACUGUUGUGUAUCAAAGCAAUGCUACAACAGUGCUUCAGAGCAUAACGGGGACUCAAGAGUCAAAGGUCAACAACACCUCAGUUGAAGAGAGUACAUCACAGCAGGCGGACUCAGGGACCCAGGCGACUGCUGCUGUGGCCACUGUUACAUCAUCAGAGCGCCAGAACCAUGGCAACUACUCUACUGGAGUAGUGCAGCUUCAACCCAUCGCGCCGCCUGAUAACAGUCGACAACACCUGCCACUCAUCAUCAUUCUGCCCAUCCUGGCCCUGCUGCUGUGCCUUGGACUUGUCUACCGUAGAUAUCUCAUUCGGAAGAGAUUGGACGGUCCUCCAUCUUUUAAGCCCCCUCCACCACCUGUUAAAUACACAUCCAUGAUAGAACAACAACGUCAGAUCCUUAUGUUGGACAUCCCGGCAUGACAGGACCACACCACACCAAUCGAAUGAGAAGAGAUGGCUACUCCUGACCUGUAUAGGCCCAGUGCAAGUUGGAAAUCAGCUGAGCUGGUGGAGAAUGUGACUGGCAUCCUUUCUAGACGAACGUGCAGAGCAAAUUCAAAUUUGCAAACAUGUUUGUUUGGUUUCCCCCAGGCUAGUGUCUACCAAAUGGCUAAUCAAAAGGGACAGAAAUAUGUGUUGUUUUUACUUUAAAAGCUCCUUAAAGGCCAUAAAGGGACACCUCAGCUUAUUCCAUUCAAACGUGUAGGCAAAAAAGAUGAACUUGUAUUACAAAAACACCAUUUUUUUGUGGUAUAAAUGAACUCACUGCUCCACAUUUGUCAUUGGACUAUUGCAGCUAUUUUGUUGUUUUUGGACAAAGUUAUUUUUGUUGAUGUUUUUGAGAAGUGUUUUCUGUUAAGCUUACAUAUUUAGGUUAGAAUUAGCAAACUUCUAGGCCCAACAUCCUGGAGGUCAGUGGAACUGAUAGAACUAAAAACAGAAGUAGGCCUACUCUGAAUCUAUGUUGUUAAAAUUGUGUGCUGUAAAUUCUAUUUAGGGUAGUGGCACAGGAUGAAUCUACAGCUUAUACUGUCAUUGGCACAAUGCAGAACAGACUUUCUAUAAGUUUUAAGUCACUGUGCUGUAUUAUGUAGGUUUUUUUGUAAAAUGUUUUAUAGGUUUUAUGCCAUUUUAUAUGACGAUGCCUUUUCCUUUGAUACUUCCUGUUGAUUGCCUUUAACCCUAUUUUCUGUGAUUCUGUGUCUAUGGCAAGCAAAAUAGUGAGAAAACCCCAAAAACAGCUAACCUACCUCUAUGCUGACAGGUUGAAAAAGAAAGCCAGAAGAAUAGUAGCUGAUGCCUCUCAUCCCCUUUGUAGCCAAUUUGAACUUCUAAAGUCUGGCAGGCGCUACAGGGUCCAAUUGGCUAAAGGCAUUUUCAAAAAAUCCUUUAUCCCAAAUGCCAUCAAUAUAAUCAACUCAAAGUGAAUCCCCUGACAGCAAAAACUGCUCUUAUUUAUUUCAUUUUAUACUGAUUUUAUAACCAUUGAUGUUUGCCCUGCUGUAUGUCCAGUUGCUGUACUGUAUGUUCAGCUGCUAUAUGUUGCUGUAUGUUCAGUUGCUGUAUGCCCAGUCGCUGUAUGUUCAGUUGCUAUAUGUUGCUGUAUGUCCAGUUGCUGUAUGUCCAGUCAAUGUGUCUAUGAGAAAUGUGUCUGUUUAACCUGUGUUUUGGUGAGCCAAAGACAAUUUUCCACCUAUGUGGACAAUUACUGUAAAGACUUAUUCUAUUCUAUUAUUCUAUUCUAUUCUAUUCUUAACAAUAAGAUUCUAGCCAAAUAUAUUUUUGCCUACUGAACUUGCUCAGUACUGACAGUUAAGCAUGUUUGAUGUUAAGUGUGCACAUAACCACAUAAGCAACCCAACAGGACAUGUAUUCGCUGAAACAGAGCUGUGUAUAAUAUGAAUGUAUUCUGGGAUAUUGAUAUUAUUGAGUAAUUGCUAACACAAAUCUUCCCUCCAAAUGUUUAUAUUCCAGUUUCAAUUCCAAUGAAGUGAUGCCUUUCAAUAGAGAUUUUUUUUUUAUUAUUAUUCUCAAAAGAAACAAAUAAUUGUGGGACAUGACUGAAUAUGUUUGAACAGAAGUUGUUCUGUUAAAAGUUGUAGGUCACUAAAAUGAAAGCUGAAGUGUAGCUUACUACCUCCACCCCCUGGUAAAAUAGCUCCAUUACAAGGGUCUGCUGGUGAAAGUAAUAUUACUGUAAAAAUAUUAAUAAAAACAAACAUUCCAGA